AUGUUUCGUCCUUCUCCGCCGCCGCCCAAAGGGGCUAGCGCCAGGAUGCGACUCAAGGCUGGCCGACUAAUGCUUGCUUCUCUCGAUACGGCGACCCUUUCCAAGGCCAUCUCCCAUCCCCAAUCCAUGGUUCAUCGCACGCUCCCACCGCCAACAUCAUCAUACCGCAGAGGAAAAAGCAGCAGCAACGACAAUUCCUCGAGCCCUGCAGUCGACACCUCACACAGGGCUCCAGUCCCAACCGUCCAGCAUGAAAAAGCACAUUCCUCAACAGCAGUUUGGCUAUGA